GAAAGUGUGUCCCGUUUUUAUGUCCCGUUUUACCAAACAGUGUCCCGUUAUUGAAUUGAGUUUGUUAAUUUCUAAAAUUCUAAGUUCGUCUUCCCCACUUGUACUGUAAUUCCUUCUUCGUCUUCCCUACAUUUUCCAAAUCUUUUCUGUCAACCUGUAAUUGAAUUUCAGUUGUCCUGUUUGAUACGAAGCUGUGGUGAAUUGAGUUUGGCCUUUGGGUGAUUGAAUUGCAUGUGUUCAGUUUAAUUCAGCUGUCUUCUUCCCUAUCUUCUCCUCUCCUCUUCCCUGCUGGUGAGGGAACUUUACGUCAAAUGGGGGUUUGAUGCAUUUGAUAUCGAUUUUGUAGUGUCUCAACUCUAUGGUGCACCUUGUUGUUUCCACUUGCGGGAUGGACCGAAUCCUUAUUCCAUGGUCAACUGCGUCAUUUGAAAGUCCUUUUAUUAGAAGGUUUGAGUGAAGUGGAGUAUAUGGAGAGUAGUAGUAUUAAUAAUGGAGAUGAUGAUGAGUUGGUAUUCUUUCCAUCCCUUGAAAAGCUGAAGCUUGAAAACAUACCAAAGUUGAAGGGAUGGUGGAAGCCUUCGUCAUCAGAAUCAGGGGAGAAUGAUCGGAUACCACAAGCACCAGUGCUUUCUGAGCUUUAUGUAUCUAAAUGUCCAAAUUUGACAACAUUGUUUCUGGGCGCAUCAAUGAAUCUCAAAAGUUGUCUCCCAAAUCUUGUUCAAAUUGAGAUUCGUGAUUGUAAAAGGUUGGAGCAUCUUCCAUUGAUGAGUCAACUGCGUCACUUGAAAGUCCUUGAAUUGGUUGAUUUGAGUGAAGUGGAGUAUGUGGAGUGUAGUAGUAGUAAUAAUAGUGCAGAUGAUGAUGAGUUGGUAUUCUUUCCAUCCCUUGAAAGGCUGAUACUUUUGGAUAUGCCAAAGUUGAAGGGAUGGUGGAAGUCAUCACCGGAAUCAGAGGAGAGUGAGACACUGCAAGCACCAAACUUUCUCUUCUUGUUAUAAAUAGAUGUCCAGAAUUGACAACAGUUCCUUUGUGUCCGGGAUUGAAAGAAUUGGUGUUGCAUGAUUUUAAUGAAGCGCUGGGCCCAAUUAUAAGGGAGACUAGUCAGCAAAAGGAGGAAGGACGACAUGGAAGAUUGAGGGAAGUGGACAUAGAUAACUUGCCAUAUCUUAUUAAUUCUCUAACAGAGACCAGAAAAUGGAGGAAUUGAAAACAGGAGAAGUGGGUGAGUUAUUCCGAAGCGGUUGGCUGUCCUCUCUUCGCUCCCUUGCAAUUGACAAAUGCAAUAAAUUGAAGAGUAUAUCAGGACGAGGAGUGUGGGACCAAUUCACUGCCUUGGAGAGUCUAUCACUGAGAUCUCUUGUUGAGUUGGAAUUGGAGGAUGAAGAUGAUGUCAUCAACAACAAAAGCACAGAAGAAGGAUGCAUUAAUAAUAAUAAUGAAGGAAGUGACGCAGAGAUGCCAUGGAGAUACCUUGCUCCCACUCUCCGUUCCUUGGUUUUAGAUAGUCUACCAAAGGUGGUGAAGCUGCCAAGGGGGAUUGGAUGCUUAUCAUCUCUCCAAUCACUGCACAUUUGGAGCUGUGAAAAUUUGGAAACAAUGCCAGAAGAGAUGCGCCACCUCACCUCCUUAACCAAACUUCAUAUACGGGGAUGUAGCACAGAGUUAAUAAAUGAAUGCAGGGAAAAGAAUGGUGCUAACUGGUCCAAUAUCCAACAUAUCCCCAACAUAGUAUCUAUUUCACAUGGGCUGAAAGGUUUUAGAGCAGGGAAGGAGAAGCGAACAUUUCUAUGUACAGAGGAUCGUUAUUUCUCUUUAAAACCAUUUGUGGAGGGUGUAUCAAAAGUAAAAUAUUUAAGGGUAUUACGUUUAAAUCAUUGUUAUGGAUUGGAAGAGUUGCCGAGCAGGAUAGGUGAAUUGGUGCAUCUAAGGUAUCUUGACCUUUCAGACAGUAUGGGUCUAUGUGUAUUGCCCUCCUCCAUCACGAAGCUUUUUAACCUGCAAACAUUGGAUUUAUGUGGGUGUUCGUAUCUAAAAAGCUUUUUAACCUGUCCUCUCUUCGCUCCCUUGAAAUUAACAAAUGCGAUAUUUUGAAGAGUAUAUCAGGACGAGGAGUGUGGGACCAAUUCACUGCCUUGGAGAGUCUAUCAUUGAGUUGUCUUGAUGAGUUGGAAUUGGGGGAUGAAGAUGAUGUCAUCAACAACAAAAGCACAGAAGAAGGAUGCAUUAAUAAUAAUAAUAAUGAAGGAAGUGACGCAGAGAUGCCAUGGAGAUACCUUGCUCCCACUCUCCGUUCCUUGAAAUUAGUUUAUCUCACAAAGGUGGUGAAGCUGCCAAGGGGGAUUGGAUGCUUAUCAUCUCUCCAUUCCCUUAAUAUUAGGUUUUGUCAAAAAUUGAAAAAAAUGCCAAAAGAGAUGCGCCACCUCACCUCCUUAGCUCAACUUGAACUAAGGGGACGUAGCACAGAGUUAAUAAAUGAAUGCAGGAAAAAGAAUGGUGCUAACUGGUCCAAUAUCCAACAUAUCCCCAACAUUAUCUACCAAGGUGGAUCUAGCUCAGAGCUAAACAAUGGUUUAUGCUGCUCGAUUUAUUAUGGUAAUGUUUGCUUAUAUACGAGAAGGGUGCUAAAUUGAAAAGGCAUGUGAAAGAUUUUACUUGCAUUUACUUAUAAAAAUUUAUAUUAAAUGUGCAUGCAUGUAUUUUGACUGCAAAUUAGUUUUACUCAAUUAUUAUGUGCGUAAUUAUUUCAAAAGAAUAUGCAUGAUUUUUUGUUAUUUUUUGUUCGGAAUAAAAUUAGAGCACAUUAUUUAGGAUCCUUGAGAAUAUAUCCCGGCUAAAUUAGUCUAGACAAGCACAUUGUAUUUAUUCCUUGCGUAUUCAGCACAAUAUUAAAUUCUCCGGGGUUGAAAUUCCUUAUCUUGAGAGGUGUUUGUUCAUCUGACUGCUAAAAUAUUGAUUUGUUAACUUGCCUUUCUUAUUACAAAGAAAUGAUACAGGUAUGUAGCCAAUGUAGGGUGCUGAUACAUUAAUGGCCAUUCCACAAAGUUCUAUGUUAUAUUUCUUAUAUAUGUGGGUUUUCUGCUUCUCUUACUAGGUCGAUGUUGUAAAGAGGGACCUUCUGAAGAGCAUUAACAGUCUUUGAAGCUGCUAUUGCUACGGAUGAAGGAACUACCAACCGAAGCAGAAAAAUGCUCAAAGUAAAAUAAAUCAAGUGAUCUGUUUUGCUGUCUUUUUUUGGCCUUCUGAAGGUCUCGUGAGUUUAGUGGUGAAUUCAUAUGGAUGCUUCGAUUACAGAAAACAAAUGGUGCUACAUGCUCUAGGUGCCAAGGUGGGAUGAGUAGCAGACUUGUAGUGACUACUCGCUCAAGAGGUCGUCGUCGGAAGUCUGCUUCAAAAUCAAGGUGAAAUCAGGUGGCAAUAUUUGAAAAACAGUUACUCAGUAAUUUAAACAAGAUGAGAACAGGAUAGUAUCUGUGUUGAAGAUGAGUUAUGUAAGACAGAUGCAUGAUUAGAUUCAUGAUGUUGUUAAAAAAGUAACAAGAAUUGUGUACAUUAUAUUUAGUUAGCAUUCUGGAAUAUAAAAUUUUCGUCCAUUCUUUAACCUAGAUGAAAAGGUUGUGUACAAUUUUACUGAUGUAUCCCCUUCUAUCAUGCUUGGUUGAACAUAUCCUAAAAUUUAGAUGUUUAA